AUGUCCUCCAAAAAACCAAACCCAAAACGCUCCCGAUCCCUCUCAACCCUGCUCAUCCCCAACAAACGCAGUCUCCUCCCACCAACAGCAACAACACAUCCCUACCACCCGAAGCGAAUCCUCAACCCCAGUGCAAUAGCAGCCUCAAUACGAACCAAGGGUGCACAUCCAAAUUAUACAAACAGCCAAGAAGACAGGGAUCAAGGGCUCCUAGAAGAAGAAUCAGACCCCAAACCCCCCCGCAUCGAAGUCUCUUUCUCCGCCAUCCCGCAGCCCUUCCUCGAUCCGCCGGUGUGGGAAUCGAUACUAAGAACGCAGCGCGCGAAGGCAGCGAUACAGUCUAGAUCUGCGGAUGAAGUGCGCGGGGGUGAGGCUGGUAAGGAAAGAGAAGGAGAAGAUACGAGCGAGUCUGGGGCGACGGGGCCGGAAACUGGGGACGAGAGGAGGCGGAGACGGGAGAGGGAGGUUGAGUAUGGGACUAUGGCGAUUCGGGGACGGUCGAGUUUAAGGGGUAGAGGACGGAGGAGGGGGAGAGCUGGGGGAGGAGAGGGGGAGUGUACUGGAGUGGGAGGCGUUGAUGACCUCCAUGUUUACGAGGUUAUGAUUGAUGAUAUUGGCGAGAAAAAUGUAAAGCGUGAAUUGUAG